ACUUCCCACUCGUAUUUACGACAUUGUGGUGGCGAUCAUGUGCGUUCAGCUCGAUCUUUUCGACAUGACUUGAACGCAUCAAAACAGUGUGAAAAUGGCGACGUAUUUCACUCUUCCCUACAUCAAACAGAUUUCGUAAAAGGAGAAGAACGUUAUUGAUAUGGAUGGAAAAACUAUCAAUGGAGAAGGACAUGCGUUAUUUAAUAAAGGAUGAGUUUCAUCAGAGUUUCACGUUAGCUGUGUGAGUGGUGCACGUGGACCGCAACUCUCCCGGCGACUGCACUCCAAAACUCACGUUUGUACUUCUUCAAGGAAUCUGCAAGGACGAGUUUGAGCUCGCGCUAAAAUGAAUUAAUUUUGAGAAUGUUGGAACUGUUUGUGUAAUUUUAUAAAGAGUCACUCCACUUAACUUGAGUUCAUUAUGGUGGACAAGGGUCCCCUCCUGACUUCGGCUAUUAUUUUCUACUUGUCCAUUGGGGCAGCAAUAUUCCAAGUCAUCGAAGAACCGAACUGGGAAAUCGCAGUGAAAAACUAUACAGACGAAAAGGCGAAUAUAUUGAAACAAUUCCCAUGUCUCACAAAGGCUGACCUGGACAAGAUUCUAGAGGUGGUGUCUGAUGCUGCAGGACAAGGCAUCACCAUCACAGGGGACAAAGCCUUCAACAACUGGAACUGGCCCAAUGCUGUCAUCUUCGCAGCUACAGUUGUCACAACUAUAGGUUAUGGAAAUAUUGCACCCAAAACACCUCAAGGGAGGGUUUUCUGUAUCUUUUAUGGUCUGUUUGGAGUGCCGCUGUGUUUCACCUGGAUCAGUGAACUUGGAAAGUUUUUUGGUGGAAGAGCUAAACACCUUGGGCGAUAUCUUACUAAGAAAGGAGUAACAUUGCGGAAAACACAGUUCACCUGCACAGCUGUCUUUCUGUUAUGGGGUGUGCUGGUCCAUUUAGUGAUUCCUCCAUUUGUAUUCAUGUCUCAAGAAGGCUGGACCUACAUCGAGGGCUUGUAUUUUUCUUUUGUCACUCUGACAACUAUUGGUUUCGGUGAUCUUGUAGCAGGUGUUGAUCCCAACGUUGAAUACCCUCCUCUCUAUCGCUACUUUGUGGAGGUGUGGAUCUAUCUUGGUCUGGCAUGGCUCUCUCUGUUCUUCAAUUGGAAGGUGCGCAUGGUUGUGGAGGCUCACAAAGCUCUAAAGAAGCGCCGUAAAAGGCGCAAACUUUCUCUGGAUGAGUUACAGUGCAUCAAGGAAAGUCACAAGACCCUACACCUGCCACCAACUCCUAAUGAUGUCAACAUCUUUAGCUUCCUGUCCAAGAAAAAAGAAGGUUACAGUGACUUAAUCAAGCAGAUGGGUGUCGAGAAGGAAGGAGAAGAUCAAUGUGUCAGCUCCGUCACUGGUAGCAAGAAUAAAGCACCAAAACGCUCAAAGAGCUGCAGUGAUUCUCUUUCAACAAACGGAAACACCAUCCUCAGUUUAGACCGUUCACCUCGACAGAAGCGCCGCUAUAGCUUGAGUGACAGAUUUACUGUAGCUAUCUCAAAAUCCAAGAGUUACCUUGUUGAUCAAGAAGAAUGUCUUCUCAUGAAUGAAAUGCAUGGGGGAGGAGAGAUAGACUCUGACCUAGACUCUUCGAGAAUGUAUGAGAAUCAGUUGGACAAGGACGCAGGAGAGAACCACGAAGGUCUUGACCCUGGAGGCUGCAGUAAUGGCCGAAUUGCAUGGGAAUCCAAAGGUUACCAGAUCCAUAUGUUUCCCAAUGCCAACAUCACCUUCAUCGAUGAGGAGAAUUUGCUAAACAACAACCUGGAGGAGGAUGAUAAUGACUUAAUGCCCAAGUUCACUUCGGAUGAGACGGAUUUUAGAGAGGAACAGGGCUCAGAAUCCGAGACCUCUGUAUUCACCACAGAUGGGCUAGACCAUAACCACUCCUAUGAGCAGCUGGCGGAAGAGUAUUCCAAAGAGGACAACACUGACAUUUGAUCUCAUAAUAGGAUUUGGUAUUCUGUCUUAAACCUUAGUAAUAUUUUUCUAUCAUGAACUUGAAAUGAUGGUGUAAACUAUAAAAAUAGAAGUUAUUACUCACAACCAAUUUCUGUCUGUCUUCAAAUGUGAGUAGCAUUAUACAAGUUUAAUGUGAUUUUACAAAUUAGAACAUCUUUUUUAAGUAUUUUGCAAUAGGAACAACAGACUUAAGAGUCUUUGAAUUGACAUUUAAAUUAAAAGCCAAUUUUAUAAAUGAACAAACUAUCUGCAGCUGUUGGCAUACAGAUUUAUAGAGAUGUAUAUCAAUAGUUGACUAAUUUUGCAGUGGCUCUAGACUUGAUUAGGUUUUUAUUUAUUGUAUAGCAUAGAAAUAGAAUUAGACAAUUUAGGUCUCUACCUAAAUUGUCUAAACUGCAGGGGUCUCAGAUUCACUGUAAAUCAGUUCACUUAAACAUUAUAGAUUAUAGAUAGUAUGCAUGUUUUUUUUUCACCAUAUUGGUGAUUGUUUUAAGAUAAAAAAUAAUAAAAAGCUUCAUCCUUAUUGGAUGUUAAACCAAAUUUUUAUUGUUUUCCAUUUUAGCCCAAAAUAUUGUUUUGGGUAACCAUCUUUGCCUGUUAUUUUAACUUGAGAUUUAUUUAAAAUAGUAUGUCAUGAUUUUACCUUUUAUCUCAUUAUUUGUGGUUUUCUGAACUGUUAAUAUUGUCGAUAUGAUGAUAUGAUCUGCACUCAACUUUGUUGGCCUCCCUCAGUGUGUCUCUGUCAAGUCAAGAAGAUGGUAGUUGAAUCGGUUCACAUAAAAGGUUAUGAGUAACCCAUUAUUACAGUGUUUUUACUAACACGAUAACCACUAUUUUGGUGUCUGACUCAUUUGUUGACAUGAUGCUAGGUCAGUGUUGACACGAAACCCACAUACUGACAAAAUAACCAUUAUAAUACACCAAGCCAAAAAAAAGGAAGGAAAGACAUGGAAAUCCUGGUUGUGGUUCUCUCUGCUGAGCUCUAGCAAUGUAUGAUCCUCUUGCAUCAUGCUACUGAGUGCCCCUGGUGUGUAGAGCUGCAUCCUGAGUCAGUUUCCUGUUUGUAGAUGUAAUUAUGUUGUUUGUAUUUCAAGUGUGUUAUAAGGUUGAUCUCUCUUAAUCUCCUUUUGGCUUUCUUUAAAAGAAAGGUGUUUUUUUAUAUAUAUAAAAGUUGAUUGACCUGAUAUGCACUGAAAUAUGCAUUCUACUGUAUGUCUUCUAAGAUUCAGUGUUGUGUAUGUCACACAAGUACAUUUCGCAUCAAUUUGCCUUUCUUCUAUUGAGGACCUUUAAUGUUGUCUUGUCUGGUGUCACUAUCAAACUUUUGUUAUAGGCCCACCCCUGUUUUCCCAGCUACACUUUAACCAGGGAUCUCCUUUGUUCUCUCUGUGCAGUCUCUCUCACUUGAGAGAACAGCGUGUUUGCCAUGUAAACAUUAAAAAGGGCCUGUCAGUAGCCAUCACUGUUGGUGUCCUGUAGUCUCUGUUUAAUUAGCUAUGAGCUGAAUGGCAAAAACCAGAAUUUACAUCACUGGCCAAGGAUAACUAACCUUAGGUUAACCUGUCAAGUCAUGGUAUUGGUUUUUGUUCAUAUUGCAAAUGUUCGCCCCAUUCUUUCACGGAAAAAGAACAAACAUUUUACUCUCCAAGUGACAUAAAAGGUUAAAGUGGUUUUGAUUUUUUUUUUUUUUUUUUUUCCCAUGUUAUAUUUUGAAUUUCCUGUAUUUUGUAAUGCUUUAUUUCCUUGUAUAUUUUAAUUCCUUGGUGGUGCUAUUUUACUGUUUAGAUGAUCUCUCUAUGGAUUUUAAUGUUGGACUGAAUGAGCAUUUUCCAUUUGAAAUAAACAAAUAGGAUAUCUGC